AUGAAUCACCGCAACGGUGCAGACUUUCUGCACUGCCACAACUGUCAUCGGGUAGGGUUUUGUUGUGUUUUUGUUGGUUUUUAGGUACUUGAUGAGGAAUUUGACCAGAAUUCUUGUAUGAUGUGGAUGGGUUUCUUUAAUUUGAUGUUUUGGGAGGCAUUUACUUAUCUUCUGUUUAAAAUUUUAUUAGAUUUUUUUAUAUCAACCAUGCUUUUUCAUGGUUAAUAUAGGAAAAAAACUGUUUUUUGAAACAAGAGUUUUGUGAUUGUUUGGUGUUUUUGAGUACUUGUAAGUUUUUUAAUGUUGAUUAUUUACAGGUAUUUUCAAGCGAACGGGAACCAAUCAAUCUUCCUAAUUCUGUUUGUUGUAAACCGUGUGUAAGGCAACUUAUCAAGAAUCCGGAUCUUAAGGUAAGUUUUAUCUAUAUUUUGCCUGGUCUUAAAGUCGCAAAAGUAUUAUCGUUAUGUUGAAAUUCAAUGUCUACGUCUUCUGACUGUAAUUGUUCAAUUUCUAGAUAAAAUGUCAUCGAGAUGCCGAAAAGUUUCCAGUGAAUUCAUCUUUCCUCCGAAUCCUCGGCAUUUCAACUCAAAGCGGAUCUUUGUCAAAUUAUGGUAGAGAAGGAAUUGAGAAAGACAUACUCAGGAAGAUUGACAAUAUCUUCAAACGCUUCUGUGACUAUUUUCAAGUUUGUGAUGAAGAUGGCACUUUUGAGAUUCAGAAUGACAGUCUUUCAAAGUUUGUGCAAAAACGACUUGUUUGUGUACUCUCAGCACCAGUACUGCUGCCAGAAGGUCGAUAUUAUAUUGUCAAGUGUUCGAAGAGCAUUGUGGAGAGAGUUGUCACUGAAUUGGUGUUGAGUCGACAGACUUCUGCUCACAUUUCAUCAGCUCUGUGGUCGGCCGUCAGAACGAGAGGAUGCCAGUUUUUGGGGCCUCGUAAGUGUACUCUAAUUGAAGAUGUUAUGUUUCUUUUACUUUACACUGAAACCAUAAAACAUAAUUUUAUUAAUAUCGGCCGUAAAGUUAAGCUUGAACUAUGUUUUAGAGAACAUAAUAUAGUUUUUGCUCAAUAACCAUGUUUUAAUUUCAUUUUUUUACAGCGAUGCAAGCAGAAGUCCUACGUUUAGUAAUACAAGCAUUGUCAGAUGGAGAACUAAUUGCCAGAAAGGCAUUGGUCCUUUAUAUUGUUGAAUCGAUGGCCGAAACCUUUCCUCAAGUCUCAAAAACUUGUGUCGGACAUGUUGUACAACUUCUCUACCGCGCCAGCUGCUUUAAUGUAUGUUUUUGGGUUUUAUUUUCAACUUUUAGGUUAUGAGGGCAGAUGAAAGAAAUAAAUGGUAAAAGUGCAAAUAUCUCUUUAACAUUUUGUCAUUUUUUAAAUAUAAUAAUUUUUGCUUUUUUAGGUAACAAAUUCUUUCACAAUCAUUUUAAUAUCGUCUUUUUCUUUUAGGUAAUAAAAAGAGAUGGCGAAUCCUCACUCAUGCAAUUAAAAGACGAAUUCCGAGUGUAUCCAUCCUUGCGACGUGAACAUGAUUCCCAAAUUGUUCAAAUAGCCCUAGAAGCUGGCCUAAGGAUUGCUCCAGAACAAUGGUCUCAACUAUUAUAUGGAGAUUCAGUCCACAAACAACAGAUGGACUCUAUUAUUGAACAACUUGCCGAACCACACACGCUAACACAGAAUGAGGAACAAGCACUACGAGGUAUUCUACAAGAAGGUGAAGAUGGACAUAGAACUGAACAGGUGAUUCGAGCAAUCCAGGACGUCAUGAAGGUGGAAAUGCACGACAAAAUGAGUUAUUCCGAUGUUGGUCAGAUAUUGUCUAACUUGGAAACAAUUGUGCAGAAAUAUGCUAUGAUUGCCAAGGGGUAUGUUGGGUUGGUGUGGUGUAUUUGGGGAUAAUUUAUGGAAUUUUAAGCUGUUUUUCAAAUUUUUGGGAUGUAUUUUGGAAAUUGUGAAUUUUUUGUACAUUUUUUGAAAUUUUAGAAAGAACCAAGACUUGAAAAACUUGAGAAGGCCUGAAAAGGUCGAUGGAGUUGUUACUGGACAAAGAAUGUACAAGACAAGGAUUUGCAGGUAAGUAAAAAUCUUUUAUCAGAUUGUGCUGAAGUAGUAACAAAUGAAAUUGCAAAGGUCUGGAGGUUAAAUAAUAUCGACCUUUUUAUUUUUCAUAUUUAUGCAUUUGUUUUUAGGGACAUACUAAAUGGUCGUCCAUGUCCAAGAGGUGACAGGUGUAAUUAUGCCCAUAAUCCGAACGAGGUCAGACAUAAUGGUGGACAAGGUAAAUUUUAAAUUUUGAUCUUUUUUUUCAAGAUUACAACUAGGUUUUGGUCUUCCCUUUCUAAGCCAAAAGCUAAUGCAACUCUUCUACUUAACCUUAUAUUACACUUGGUUUUGUAUCACUUGUUAAUGACUCUUCUGCUAUUGACCGUUUUACUUCAUUUCAGCUAUGCCCCUAGAGCCAUCAGGUCAAAUGCUGAUCCAGCCUCCCUUCGCACCAGCUCCAAUAGAUCCGUUAGCUUGCCAAUUUAAUGAUAUGGUUCAAAUCGACAAUCAGCAGCCACAACAGCUGGUACCACACGAAAUGGUCGAACAAAGCGUUAUUCUGGACAGUGGGUUGGCACAAGCAGCAGCUGCCGCGGCUGCUAAUGGAUCUGCACCACCAGUCGUGGUACCAGUGGUAAUGCACCAUCAAGACAUUCAAAGUGGACUAGUUCAACCAAGCUUUACCCAUGGAUUAAUGGUGAGAAUGUUUUCUAAAUGUUAUGUUGAUUUUAUUUGUAUUUUUAUUAUGUUAUGAAAAAGCUUUUGUUUUACGGUAUCUUUAUUAUUUUUUUUUGUUUUUGAAAUUUUGAUUAUUUUUAAAAUUUCAGUUUCCCAAUGAUGAUCCAAACUCUGGCGGAACUCUAAUCCUCCCCACCGACACCACCAACCCCUCUGUAGCACCAGCUCCAAUGCAACCCGUCCAAAUGGCACCAGUUAUGCCAAGUGACCCAGGAAUGGUACCAGUUUUGUCCAACACAAUGCUGGUCCAGCCCUCAAUCCCACCAACAGUCCAGACCACCAUCAACGGAGCACCCCUACAACAAAUGCCUGCCCAAAUAUCUCCGAUGAACGCUGGCCUACCCCUUAACCCAAUCCAGCCUCUUCAGCCGGGAGCACCUCGAGUUCAACCAGGCCUUCAGCACGUGCAACAGAACAUUCAACACGUUCAGCCGAACAUGCAGCAAAUGCCACAAAACAUACAACCAAUGGCACCUAACCUUCAACCAGUUCAGCCACCCAUGCAGCCGGUACCAACAGCACCAAUUGGUCCCCUUCAGAUGGGUCCCAUUGCCCCACCGUCGAUGAUGUUCAACCAGAACUCGUUCUGGUACUCGGAACAGUGAGUUGGUCUUCUGACAGAUGCUCCAUCUGCCUGUCUUUGUGCCCCGUUUUCAUUCGAAAUACUGUAGUUUUCGGAGCACGGUAGUGUGAACUUGCUGCAAUAUUUUUUGCAGUAGUUUUCCAGAUUUACAGUAUUCUUUACAGUAGCUUUUUUUGUAACUUUAAUCAGCUCUAAGGGCUGUGAAAGGUACUGUAACUCUAUAUAAUACUUUUUUGAAUGAUUUAGCACACUUCAAGGCAUUUGAGUAUUGUAAAAAGAUACUGUAGUUUUGUAACUGCACGAGGGUGAUUUUUCUAAUAUUUACAGAGUAAUUCUUACCUACUAUAAGAUGUUUUAACUAUCCUAUUACGGUUUUACAUUAGCCUUAGCACUGCUUGACGUUUUUAGGCACUAGCGGUUUCUUAAAGCAGAUUCAUUAAUUUUUUCGCUUUUUUUCAAACUGAUGAAAAAGCGAAACAAUUAGUAGAUCUUAAGUAUUUAUACUUCAUAGUAACAAAAAGUUACUAUGAAGUUAUUAGCGAGUUUUACCUAACCAAUAGCAGUUCUAACACGUUUGUAACCAUAUCACAGUGUAGCAGUUACACAGUAUGUUGUCUUACACCAACACCACCCCUGAAAAUCGACCCUCCGAAUCGCCCCCCCCCUCUUAUAUUCGUCUACAAUAAUACACAACCGCCGUGUCCGUUGGUUUCCAUGAAACCCGCACGUCGUAUCUUGUGUACCUUGAUAUCUAAUUGUGUUUAUAUAUACAUUUUGAAUGUUAUGUUGUCAUUCGUAUAAACCAGCCAAAAUAUUUUGGACUCGGAAUUUUGUGAAUGCAAAUGUAUUACUGUAACUUUUGAUUACGAUUUAAGCCUAGAAGAGGUUAGAAUAUGUUGCUAUACCUAAAAUUGAUUAGUUAGUGUACCUUUUUUCUGUCUAGAACUGAAGAGAGAGCGAAUUAAGCAUGUGUAAUAUAGUAAAAUAGUUAAAUAUUAUCAUAGGUAAUAUAACGUAAAUCGAAAGGAUAAUAAGUAGAUAUUUGGCCACACUGGAGGUCACAAUUUUGUAAUCUUUCUGUCACAACAACUUGUUUUUGUUUGUAUUGUUUUAGCAUUUAGAAACGAAAAUUGUUGAUUUUUUAUAGACAGCCUGUGACCAAGUCUCUACAACCUGCGAGUGACAAGUUAUACCCAAAAUAACAAAAAUGUUACUUUUUGUAAAAAUGCUUUUAAUUCUCAAAAAUAGUUGGUUAUGCGAACUUAAAUUGACUUUAGAAUUGAGGUUUUAGAUAGGAAUUUGGCCAAAAUUUUAAAUAAACCUGAUUAUUGUUCGAUAUUGUUGUUGUUGCUUUUGUGGUGCACAUUUCAGUCAACUCUAAAUGUCAGUAUGUUUUACUUUUUCAUUUAUGCCAGUGUUAUUAGUAUUAUUGCUUUUAGUCAACUGCCCAAACUCGAUUACAAUGACAAUCGGCCAAGUUAUGGACAACAGUUUGGUCAAGGACAUCAGCGACAUCUGGAGACUCCGAUGCGUUUCCCGGACUCGAUAUGGGAGAUCACGGACGACCAAGUUCUGUUGGCUAGACGGCACGAAAUUGUCUCGUAGGUUUUUUUUUUGAAUAAUUUGAUUAUUUUGAGGUAUUUUGAUAUUUUUGGGUAACACAUUGUUUCGGUGUCUAAAUAGGUAAUAAUGACGUUCUUACAGGUGUUUAAAUCAAAUGCGAGAUGACAUAAAGACUGUGGAGGAGGAUGAUGACAUUAGAAGGUAAAUUAUUUUUUAAAUUUUCAUUGAGCUAUCUUUUACUGUUGAUAUUUUGUAUUACUAUGCACUACAAAAUAGAAAUACUACUAUAACAUAGACAAAACAUUUAUCAUGCUAAACCCGCUUUUUCAGCCACGUAUCGUACACUGUAGCCAAUUUCGUCCUCUUCGACGAUGUAGACGUUCCAAAUACCAAGCUCGAACUACCGCCCCUCCCCUCCCUGAAUACCCUGCCCAUCUCCUUCGCCGACUCAGUGGUCGUUCCUCCUCCAGUUUUCAGCGGAACCAGAGACCUGUGUGCGCCGAGAACCGAGACCAACUCCAGAUUGGACUCUAUGAGUUCAGAUUCCCACUCACUAUCGACUCCAGGCCAAGAAUCGCCGACUAAAAAGCUGUCCCAGUCCAGUCAACCAUUACUAUUCGGAUCCUCUCCACGACCUUUGAGCACGGUGAGAACGAUGUGCCCAAAUGCCAUGUUUAAUCAAAAGACAACGGCACCAGCGACGGUGCAAGCAGAUUGUUCUGUGAUGAAUGUGAAGGAUAUGUUCGAGAAGCCAUUGGUGAUAUCGACCAUUCAACAGUCGAAUCGUAUGUUUUAGGAUUUUUAUGCUUUUUGUGUAGUUUUUACCGUUUCAAACUUCAAAAAAUGAUUUUAAAAUGUUAAAAUCGAUCUUUUAGUAAUUUUUUGAAAAAUAAUUUUUUUUUAAUAUUAAAAUUUAAAAAUUUUUAAACUGAAUUUUCAAUUUUAGUAUGCCCUCAAGCCUCAUACGAAAUGGUAGACCCAAUAAACAUGGUAGACCACGUUCCACAAGUGAUACGACCGUUAUCCUUGAAGUCGGAUCCUCAACAUAUCGUGUCAGCUACACUGGAUAGGAUUCUAAAUGUAAAAGAACGAAUAUACGAUGUCGACAAGAUAGGGGGGUCGGGAUCAGCGGUGGAGAAGGCACAAUUAAAGUUGGAGUUGAAUAUCGUGAACAGACAGAUCUCAUCGUUGGACACUCCGACCAAACAGAGCUGUCUUCUGAAGGAGCUGGAAGCCGUCGACAAACAAAUCGAGGACAUGAGCUUUGUGGCAUAG